GCCCUUAAGCUCACAGUCUCUCAAGCAAGGAAGCUAGAUCAAACACCUACACUAGGCCUACCUUAAAUUACAAUGGGUGACAUUCCGCAAUUAAUAAAAAUCGGAGUUUCUCUGAAAAUACAACCUAACAACGGCCCAGUAUUUUUUAAAGUAGACGGGCAGAGAUUCGGUCAGAAUAGGACAAUAAAAUUACUAACGGGAUCUAAGUACAACAUCGAAGUGGUUGUGAAGCCCGGAGCAAUUACAGCACUAACAAUGGGUAUAGGUGGAGUGAACUUCCCCUUGGAGCAGACAUCUAAAGACCCUCAAGUUGUCACUUACACUGGAAUCUAUGACACCGAAGGAGUGCCCCAUACCAAAAGUGGGGAGAGACAGCCUGUGCAAAUGAAUAUACAGUUCAAUGAGGUUGGCACUUUUGAGACCGUUUGGCAAGUCAAGUACUACAACUACCACAAGAGGGAUCACUGUCAGUGGGGGAACAGCUUCAGCAGCAUUGAGUACGAAUGUAAACCCAACGAGACACGCAGUCUCAUGUGGAUCAACAAGGAGAUGUUUCAUUGAGGUUCAACAGCAACAGUAAAAGUUGGACAAUAUCUGAGGACUCUUGAAUAUCAACCAGUAGGCAUGCAUAUCAAACAACAUCUUAGUAGAAUAGUCACUCGUUGUAGUAUUUCAAAGUGUCCCCAAUGUGGUCAUGUGGAUCUGAGGUAUGUUUGUCGAAAAUAAAGUGUGGAUACCGUGUUUGACAUAAUAGUGAUUCCAAUUCCACUAACUUGUGUUGGUAAACUUUGUGCACAAUUACUGUAAUUUGAUCCAUCUACCUCUGGUUGGGACAAGCAGAAUCAAAUCUAAUAAAAAAAAAAAAUGUUUACAACAUUUGCAUAGAUAAUAUCAGCCAACUUUGUACCUAUUUAUUUUAUUAUUUGUAAUUAUUGCCAUAUCUUAUUUGUCUGUGUUUUCUUUUCAGUUACUUAUGGAAAUUAAGCAUCAUAUGGUAAAUAUGCUUGAUAUUGUUUUGUAAAAAGAAUAUAGUAUUAUGUGUUAUUUUGUAACGUUUAACUGUUUUGAAUAAUAGAUGAAUGACAUGAAAUACGAAAUGUGCUGAAAUCCUUCAGAUAAUGAUAUGCAAUAAACUCAAUAAAACAGCCUUCAUAGUAAAUGUUGU